GAAUUUCUUCUUUUUGUGUUGGAAGAUAAUUACUAAUCAGAGAUCUGUUAAAGGGAGGAAACAGUUUGAGGGGAAGUCAGAGGAAAAACAUUGUCAGCAGCAUAAGAAUCUCCCUCUGGGAAUGGUUCCUGGUUUCAAAGUGAAGAAGAGACUUUCUUUAAAAAUGCAAUUGAUUCAAUCAAGACCCUAGAGAGAGCAAGACUUGAGAGGCCACCAGUGCCAAUGGACUCUGUGGACAAUGGUCACUUCUCCAAGGAUUCCAUAAAAGCCUGUCGUGGUAAAAGAGACUCAGGGCAGAGGAAAUCUCCACCACAAAGUGUGGUACCAUUUCCCAGAGGAGCCAAAUGGAUGAGAAGCCUUCCACCAGGAAAAGUCCUGAAUUCUGUUCAUUACGCUACGGACUGGCUCUCAUCAUGCAUUUCUCAAACUUCACCAUGAUAACCCAGCGUGUGAGUCUGAGCAUUGCAAUCAUUGCCAUGGUGAAUAGCACUCAGCAGCCUGGUUUAUUCAAUACCUCCACAGAAAGACCUCUUGCAUUCACCUUCAACCACUCCAACAGAUCCAUCAAGGAAUUUAAUACAGCAGAAGUCUCUGUAUAUGAAUGGAGUCCAGAAACUCAGGGUAUCAUCUUUAGCUCCAUCAACUACGGGAUAAUACUAACUCUGAUCCCAAGCGGCUAUUUAGCAGGGAUAUUUGGAGCAAAACAGAUGCUUGGUGCUGGUUUGCUGAUCUCCUCCCUUCUCACCCUCUUUACACCAUUGGCUGCUGACUUUGGAGUGAUUCUGGUUAUUGUGAUUCGGACAGUCCAGGGCAUGGCUCAGGGUAUGGCAUGGACAGGUCAGUUCACAAUAUGGGCAAAAUGGGCUCCCCCACUUGAACGAAGCAAGCUCACCAGUAUUGCGGGAUCAGGGUCAGCGUUUGGGUCCUUCAUCAUUCUCUGUGUGGGGGGACUAAUCUCCCAGGCCUUGGGCUGGCCUUUUAUCUUCUACAUUUUUGGUAGCAUUGGCUGUGUCUGCUGUCUCCUGUGGUUCACAGUGAUUUAUGAUGACCCCUUGCAUCACCCAUGCAUAAGCAUCAGAGAAAAGGAACACAUCGUGUCUUCACUGACUCAACAGUCCAGUUCUCCUAGACGAUCUGUCCCCAUAAAGUCUAUGGUCAGAUGCCUACCACUUUGGGCCAUUUUCACGGGGUUUUUCAGCCAUUUCUGGUUAUGCACCAUAAUCAUAACAUACCUACCAACGUAUAUCAGUUCUGUGCUCCGUGUCAACAUCAGAGACAGUGGUGUUUUGUCCUCCCUGCCUUUUAUUGCUGCUGCAAGUUGUACAAUUCUUGGAGGUCAAUUGGCAGAUUUCCUCCUGUCCAGGAAUCUUCUUAGAUUAAUCACUGUCCGAAAACUCUUUUCAUCCUUGGGGCUCCUCCUUCCAUCACUAUGUGCUGUGGCCCUCCCUUUUGUGGCUUCCAGUUAUACAACAACCAUUGUUUUGCUGAUACUUAUUCCUGGGACCAGCAACCUGUGUGAUUCUGGAUUCAUCAUCAACACCUUAGAUGUUGCCCCCCGAUAUGCAAGUUUCCUCAUGGGAAUCUCAAGGGGAUUUGGGCUCAUUGCAGGAAUCAUCUCUUCCACUGCCACUGGAUUCCUUAUCAGUCAGGAUUCUGUGUCUGGUUGGAGGAAUGUAUUUUUCCUAGCUGCUGCUGUCAACAUGUUUGGCCUGGUUUUUUACCUCACAUUUGGACAAGCAGAAAUCCAGCACUGGGCCAAAGAAAGGACUCUCACCCGUCUCUGAGGAUAUAAUUACAAACUUCAAUGUAGUACUUUGCAUUAACUUUUCAACAUUUUUUUACUUAUUGUUAUUCUUGGCCACAGACUUGGCAGUUCUCAAUUUUGGUUGCAUGUUCAAUUUCCCUGGGAGUCUCUAAAACAUCCAGGUGAAUGGGAUCUACUCCAGAAAUUCUGAAUGAAUUGGUCUGGGGUAGAGCCCAGAUAUCAUUAGUUUUUAGACACUCCCCAGUACUUGUGACACACACCCAGGGUUGACAACUGCUGGGAAAACCUGAAACAUCAAUCACGUUGCCUUUGAAUUUUCCUUUUUGGAAAGAAUUAAAAAAAUAAAAAUCUGUGAGAAAAUAACCACUGAUAAGUACCUUCAUGGGGGUUAUUAUAGGUGCAGAAAAUAUCUACUAUAUCCAUAGUCGUAUGUUAUAUAGCUCAGCACAGAAUAUAAUUUUAAGGCUGUAAUCCACAGAAUUAACAUUUUUAUUGUUUUUAUACAUUGAGAAAUAUGGAUGUUUAUUUAUGUGGUUACAUUCUAUUAAAAUUCACAUGCUAAAAUUAAAUGGGUCAUUUUAAAAUUAUUUACACUAGGAUUAUUUCCAUCAGGCAAAAUAGAUAUUUACUUAUCCUAACUAUUUCCAGGAUAUUAACAACCAGGAAAUGACAAGGAGAUUAAAUUAGAUUAGCUAAAGAUCAUAGGAGAGAGCACAUAGAAUUGGAAAACCUAUAACGUAAAAAGAAUGAAUGUGAAGGGAGGCAAUGUGGCAACUUUUAGAAGAGACAAUAAGAUAGUUUGGACCAUAGAUUGAAAAUUGGAGGAAGGCAACAGAGACAUUUUCAAAUGAAAUGAAAGUUUAAAUGGAAGAGAAGAAACCUAACGACAUAAGAUGUAAGAAAUCAUAGAACAAUAUCACAUACCAGAGAAAUUCUUUUCAGGAUUAAAAAAGAUCAUUUAACCUUUUUUAGAGUUUCCUUAUAUUCUCAAGAGUCUCAGAUAGUCAUCAUCAACCCUAAGAGGAAUUAAUUCUGACUCCUAGUACUUAAAACACAUCCUCUAGGCUGUCUCUACACAAAGAGCUGAUAUCGGUUUUGCUACAGCUAUCCUAGAGGAGAAAUUCUUAGCAUGUUUAGAGGCCAAGUAGAACCACAGGGACUAGAGCCUUGGGCUAAUUUAGAAGAUAAUGAGAAUCUCCUAAUCCUAUUCAAUAUUUUUGAGCUAGUGCUUUAAAGGAAACUGAUUGCCAGGCUCUGAGGGUGAUGCUGAGAUGAGAACACUCUGGCUCUGUCUUCUGGGUAUUUAUAGUUAGAGAGGAAGGAGAGUUUGUAGUAAACCAAAAGAAGAACAUAAGAGAGGAGUAGUAUAAUGGAUGGGCAAAUUGAACACAGGAAAAAAAGAGAAAAAACCCAGACUACCCAAUAGGCAAAUGUUUUGAACAAGGACUUCAUGAAAGAAAAAUUCAAGUGGCCUACAAAUGUAUAAAUUGGCCUUCAACUUCCUUACACUUUUGAGAAAUGAAUAUCAAAACCACAGUAAGAUACCACUAUGUGCUUAACAGAAAAGGAAAAAUAAAAGAAAAUGGAAAACAACAAACACUGGCAAGAUAUGAAGCAACUGGAACUCUCACACCCUAUGACUGUGAGUAUAAAAGAACUCGGGAAAAGUCUCUUGGUGAUCUCCUAAAGCUAAAUUUAGACAUUCCAAUGAUUUAGACAUUUCACUUAGAAAUGUACACAGAUAUUUGGAAAAAGAUAUACAGCAAUGUUCAUAGGAGCACUAUUUGUAAUAGCCCAACAGCAAACAACUUAAUUGUCAAGAGAAAGAUGGUUAAAAAAUUAUGGUCUAUUCCUACAGCAAUGAGAAUAAAUAGACCACAAUAUGCAACACCAUGGAUGGAUCUCAUAAACACAUUUUAAGUGAAACAAGACAAAAGUUAUCUUCUUUUAGGAGUUUAAAUAGUUUGGGGGAGAAUGUAUACACAUAUAUGUAUGGCUGAGUCCCUUCCCUAUUCACGUGAAACUAUCACAACAUUGUUAAUCAGCUAUAACCCAAUACAAAAUAAUAAGUUAGUAAAAAGGGAGGAGUACUCAGUAGGGAGUAAUAAGAAUCUAAAACAAAGUUUAAAUAGAGUUUUGUUUUUUCAAACAGACAAAGCUAAUUAUUAAAAAUCCAGGUAAGGAUUCCCCUUGGGUAGGAGAGGGAAGGCGGCACUUAAAGGAGGCUCCUGAGGUACUGGUAAUAAUCCAUUACUUGGGUGCUAGUCGCCUGGGUGUUUUAACUUUGUGAAAAGUGUACAUUUAUGAUUUGUAUAUUUUUAUGUGUAUUAAAAAUAAAACAUUUACUUAAACUCCAUGUUUCAUCCACUUCAAAGUUUCUCUUCUCUCUUCAGCUUAGGUCUGACAGACAGACACCUGGGAAGGAGCCCUGAUCUCUACUUUCCCAUUCUCCCUGAUCCUCAGAUUCCUCCUCCUUUGCCCGACCCACCAGCAUCAGAGGAGAAGGCAGCAGGGCAGUCUCUGUUGUCAGCUUCUGGAUUAAAGUCUAAGUUCUUAAACACCUAAAUGAGCAAGCUCAGGCUUCCCAAGAAACCCUAUCCCUGGAAGCAUCAGUUGUCUUCGGAGGUAAAGGUGGAUUCUUUAUCACUGAGCCACCAGGGAAGCCCAUGAAAACCUCACUGAGAAAGUGACCAUUGAGUUGAACUGAGCACUGAAAGUUGGUAAGAAUUACUAGGUAAAUAAGGCAAAAUAAGCAGCAUGAA